AUGCUCCGAAUUCUUGUAAAAAACCAAAUCAUCAAUCAAGUUUUACGACCGAAAAACUUCGAUCCACGUCUCGGACACAGAAGAUUCAGUGUUUUGGUGUUGGAUAAAAAUGGAUUGGAAGUGGUCAAUUCGUGUUUAGGCAUGAAUGAAGUCUUCGAAGAAGGCGUCACUCUCGUCGAAGACCUCACCCGAAACCGUGAACCGAUGCCAACAAUGGACGCCAUCUAUGUAAUAUUCCCGACGGAAGAGUCAAUCAACGUUCUAAUCAAUGAUUUCACUCGAAAAACGCGUUACGCCCCUGAAAACACAUAUAAACACGCAUAUAUCUAUUUCAUGGACACUUGUCCGGAUAGUUUAUUCCAGAAGUUGUCGAAAAGUACCGUAGUCAAGUAUACGAAAGCGUUGGUCGAGUUAAACUUGAAUUUCAUCCCGAUCGAAAGUCAAAUCUUCACUGUAAGCUCGCAAAAUCGAGGUGAUAUGAUGAAGACGGCCGAUAGCAUUGUCAGCUUGUGUCUGGAAUUGAAUAUCAAUCCAUUGUUGAGAUUCCACUCGGAUUUCUCUCAAAGCGCCGAAAUAUGCUAUCGAAUCGAUCAGAAAUUGAAAGAAGGAGAGGAGAAUCGAAAGACUCCAUUGGCUAGUGAUGCGGAACUCAUUGUUUUGGAUCGCAGCUUCGACUUGGUUUCUCCACUUCUACACGAAUGCACUCUUCAAGCGAUGGCCACCGAUUUGACCGAUUUCAAGUCAGGAAUCUAUCGGUAUAAAGAGGAUAACGGAGAGAUGAAAGAGAUCCCGCUUGACGAGAGUUGUCCGAUUUGGUUGGAAUUGAGACACAAACACUUGGCGGAUUUUUUGAAAAAAGUGCAGACAUUGACAAAAGAAUUAAAGCAAAUGCACGAGUCAUCGUCCACUAGCAAGUCGGCGAAGGAGGUCACGUCAACUAUCCGCCAGCUCCCGGUUUAUCUGAAAAAGAAGGCAAAAACGGAGGCAUUUUUGAGUCUGGCCGAGGAAUGUCGCACGAAAUACUUCAAAUCGUUGGAACAAAUAAUUCUACUCGAGCAAGAUAUGGCUGUGGAGCACACUCCAGAAGGGUCGAGACUGUCGGAUUCACAGGCGGUCGGAAGACUUUCUCCGUUCAUUUUACCAGCAAUUCCCACUGAAACUCGGCUCCGAUUGAUUCUGAUUUUCAUGCUGACUAUCGGAAAGGAUAAGGAUGAGCAAUUCUUCAAUCGCCUUCUCACUCACACCGAUUUCCGGGACGACGAAGUGCAAAUGGUGCGAAAAAUGCUCGAUUGGAGGAAUAAGGCGUCGUUCCAACGCCGCCGUGCACCGCCAGAAGACGAAAGAUAUCCGUCGAGUCGAUGGGAUCCGAAGAUUAAAAGUGUGAUUCAAGAUAUGUUGGAUAAACGACUGGAUGAACGAGAAUUCAAAAUUGUUGGUACAAAAUCGACGACGGGGUUGAGAACGGCGAUGAGUGCGAGAUAUGGGGGUGGAUUGAGUGGGCGACCGAGAGAAAAGAAGAAAAUUAUCAUUUUUAUUGUUGGUGGAAUCACAUAUUCCGAAAUCAAAAUCGCCUACGAGAUGUCGGAGAAGAGCAAUGCGACAGUUAUACUGGGCUCCGAUGCCAUACUCACACCUACUGACUUUCUAGAAAGGCUACGCGAACCAAGGACGACAAAUAUAUAA